GGGAGGCGCUGUAGCCAUUUCGCCACUUUAAAGAGAGAAGGAGAACCAACAUCCGAGUUCUGGGGAAAAUAAAUUAUCCCAAAGCACUGCAUUCAGACAAACUACCCCCACCGCGGCGAAGGAGCACGACUGAACGCAAACUUCGAACUCUCCAUGCAGAGCACGCGGAGAGCAGACCAGGACCAUCUAACGGGCUUUUGAGACAUUUUUCGGUUUCCGUUGUUUCCUUUAUUUGCGGUGUAUGUGGAUGUUGAUCGAACAGUUUAUGAGAAUCUUGCUUGCUCUGCGGUGAGAAGAGAAGUUUGGCUGUUUUCCUAGUCGGAGGGAGACGCGGGAGGUUCGGGGAAAAAGUGGGGGAAGAUGGUUUGGAACGCCGCUUUGAGAAGAGGCUUGAUGUGCGUUCUGGCGCUCUGGCUCGGUUAUAUGUCUGCCCCUUGCAAAGCUCGGAUUUACACUAACCAUUGGGCUGUACGGAUAAACGGGGGACCUGUGUUUGCUGAUCGGAUAGCAGACAAAUAUGGCUAUAAGAAUAUGGGACAGAUUGGCGACUUGAAGGACCAUUAUCACUUCUUUCACAGCAGGACCAUCAAAAGGUCAACUCUCUCCAGUCGCGGUGGCCACAGCUUCCUCUCGAUGGAGUCCAAGGUGGAGUGGAUUCAGCAGCAGGUGGUAAAAAGGCGGAUCAAGAGGGAUUACAAGGCGCCCUCCCCCCUCACCAGCCCCUCCCAGACCAGCCCCGCCCAGUCCAUAUUCUUCAAUGACGCCAAGUGGAGCAGUAUGUGGUACAUACACUGUAACGAUGACAUCCAUAACUGCCAGUCGGACAUGAACAUAGUGGGGGCAUGGAAGAGGGGCUACACAGGGAAGGACGUGGUGAUCACCAUCCUAGACGACGGCAUUGAGAGGAACCACCCCGACCUCAUUCAGAACUACGACAACCAGGCCAGUUAUGAUGUCAACGGGAACGACAUGGACCCCAUGCCCCGUUAUGAUGCCAGCAACGAGAAUAAGCAUGGAACUCGCUGUGCUGGGGAAGUGGCUGCAUCUGCUAACAACUCCCAUUGCACUGUGGGAAUCGCCUACAACGCACGGAUAGGGGGGGUGCGGAUGCUGGACGGCGACGUGACGGACAUGGUUGAGGCCAAGUCUCUGAGUCUGCAGCCGCAGCAUAUUGACAUCUACAGUGCCAGCUGGGGUCCCGAUGACGACGGCAAGACUGUGGAUGGCCCCGCCUCUCUGGCCAGGCAAGCCUUCGAGAACGGUAUCCGCAUGGGAAGGAAGGGGCGCGGCUCCAUCUUUGUGUGGGCGUCAGGGAACGGCGGGCGGAGCCGGGACCACUGCUCCUGUGAUGGCUACACCAACAGCAUCUACACCAUCUCCAUCUCCAGCACCGCUGAGAGCGGACGCAAGCCCUGGUACUUGGAGGAGUGCUCCUCCACCCUCACCACCACCUACAGCAGCGGAGAAAACUAUGACCGGAAGAUAAUCACUACAGAUCUGCGUCAGCGCUGCACCGACAGCCACACAGGGACCUCAGCCUCUGCUCCUAUGGCAGCUGGGAUCAUCGCGCUGGCCUUGGAGGCUAAUCCUCUGUUGUCGUGGAGGGAUGUUCAGCACAUCAUCGUCAAGACAUCUCGAGCCGGCCACCUCAAUGCCCCUGACUGGAAGACCAAUGCCGCUGGAUACAACGUCAGCCACCUGUAUGGCUUUGGUCUGAUGGACGCGGAGGCUAUGGUAAAGGAGGCGGAGCGAUGGAAGCAGGUCCCCGCCCAGCACAUCUGUGUGGAGAGUGCCGACCGCCAGAUCAGGACGAUCCGCCCGGAGCAUGUGGUGCGCUCUGUGUACAAGGCCACCGGCUGCAUUGACAACUCCAACCACCAUGUCAUCUACCUGGAGCACGUGAUCGUACGCAUCACCAUCACACACCCGCGCCGCGGUGACCUGUCAAUCAACCUUACGUCCCCCUCGGGGACCAAGUCUCAGCUGCUUGGCAACAGGUUGUUUGACCACUCCAUGGAGGGCUUUAAGAACUGGGAGUUCAUGACCACUCACUGCUGGGGGGAGAAAGCGGCCGGGGACUGGAUCCUGGAGAUCCAUGACUCCCCCUCGCAGCUCCGCAGCCAGAAAGUCCCAGGUAAGCUGAAGGAGUGGUCUCUGGUGCUAUAUGGCACCUCCGUGCACCCGUACUCCUCCCUGCGCAGCGACAAGCCCCGUUCGGCCGAGCCCCCUGCAGACGAAGAAUUCACUGAGGAGUACAAUGGGCUCUGUAACAGUGAGUGCAACGAGAACGGCUGUGAAGGCCCCGGACCUCACCAGUGCAACAACUGCCUCCACUACUUCCUCAAGUUCAAGAACAACACCAGGACGUGCGUGUCGGAGUGCCCAUCCGGGUUUUUCCGCGACGACAGGAAACGCUGUAAGAAGUGUUCAUCUCUGUGUGAGACUUGUGUUGGUAGCCGUAGUGACCAGUGCUCCACCUGCAGACCUGGCUUCCACCUUAACGAAGGCUCCAACAACUGUGUGGCCAGCUGUGUGGACAGCUUUUAUCUGGACCACGAUUCCAACAUGUGCAGAAGAUGCAACGAGAACUGCAAGAAGUGCACCACGUCUAAUAUCUGCACAGAAUGCAAACCAGGGAUGAGUCUUCAGGGGAAUAAAUGUCAAAUGACCUGUGACCCUGGGACCUACUAUAAUGGCCACAGGAGGACCUGCGAGCUGUGCCACCGAGCGUGUGCCACCUGUGCAGGCACGGGGAUGGAGGCGUGUAACAAGUGUGCAGAGGGCUACUUCUUGGAGGAGUGGCGCUGUGUGUCCACCUGCAGCGUGGGAUACUACAUGUAUGAGCAGACCUCGGACAAGGGCGACAUCAACAAGUCCUGCAGGAAGUGUGACCACAGCUGCUAUGCCUGCACAGGUCCCGGUGAGACAAACUGCAGCACCUGUGUGAAUGGCUAUAACCUGGAGGCAGGAGUGUGUGUGGUCAGCACCAUCUGCAAAGAUGCAAAUGAAGAAUCUUGGGCGGAAGGCAGUUUCUGUGUGCUUGUAAAAAAGAACAAUCUGUGCCAGAGAAAAGUUCUGCAGCAACUGUGCUGCAGAACAUGCUCGCUAAAAGGGUGACUGGAGGUCCCGCAGGGAGCCGGGGGGGGCACCCCUCUACCCAAGCCCACUCACUCAGUCACAUAAUUUAUAAGAAAAUCUGGGCCUCUUAAGGGACUGCGUCAGAGGUGUGAGGACAGAACUACAACAAACCUACCUUUUUUCUGUACUGGGACAUGUGGUCAGGGCGACAGUAGCAACUGGGACUUACUAAAAAAACAAAAACAAAUAAUGUGUCGGUAUUUUGUGACCAAAGCAUCGAUGCCAAAAUAAUUGUACCAUUUUCCAGUAUAGGAUGUGUAGCUUGCAGGAGGGACCUGCCAAUCUGUGUUUACUUCAGUUUUUUGCUCCUCCUCAAGAGUAACGAUGCGAAGGUGAAAGCUGAUGAACGUACCAACCCCCGGCUGUGUGUUUGUAAAUAAAUGUUCACUCAAUAAUGUGAAAACUGUCUGGGUUGCGUUUGCUAUCUGCCAAGUGAGGAUGCACGCACGCACACACACACACACACACACACACACACACACACACACACACACACACACACACACACACAGCAGGAUUGUGCAAACACUUGAAUUGAUAGGUGGGAAAAUCAUGUCCCCAUUCUAAAUGCCGCAGGGAAUCCAUUGUGUGCCACAGGGAAUCCUGACUGCUAAACUGUCAUCUAUUUUUCAGGUUGUGUGUGUGUGUGAGAGAAAAAGUAUUACAGGUGCCCUUGACUCACUCAUCAUCCCACAGGCACUAAGAUCAGAUCUGUUUAUCAAAGACCACAUUAAAUAAAUCAGGGUCGUAUCUUUUAGGCACAAAACAUAAGAAAACUGACAGACAGGGAUGACGACCUAGUCUCGCCCAAUAAGAAACACUUAUUUUCAUUACAAAAUGCUUUUAAGUUUUCGUUGCGUGCCCUAAUGAACAAGGCUCCUCUUACUGCUAUCCGAGACCAUGGGGCCAUUGCACUGACAAACAGCACUAGCAGGGCUUUAUUCCACAACGUUGCACGGUUAUGUCAUUGCAUUCGAGCAGAGGUGGUACUGUAUCUUCUUGAUCAUCAAACAAUUUUGAUAUGAUUGACGUUUUUUGGUGAACUUCAUUUAAAUGUUAUUCUAUCCUUGCUAGUUGCCACACAUUCAAGACAUGUCCAUGACACUAUAGCAAAGAGCGUGCAUUUCAUUAAGAUUUGUGUUCAUUUGGCUCCUCAAUGGAAGAAAAGACUGUUACUUAUUAAUGUAUUAAAACAUUAUUCUGUUGCUUGCCCUGGUGAACACGACCCAGGUUGUAAACACAUCAGAGAGACUGAGAAUCCAAGACAAUGGUUGGUGCUGCAAAAUUGGACCACAGUCUGUCUCUCUGUAACACGCAGGCCAUGGGAGUCAACUUUGUAAUGGUUGAAUACCCUGUUCAUGAAACCCAUUAUAGAAUGAGUACUGAGGUGAAUAAGACACUAUUCCAAUAAAGAAAUUGUCAAAUUUAAUUCUCAAUGUGGGUUUAUACCUUUUUGAACAAUAACAGUAUUACUGUAGAUGUGUUGUACUGUUGAUUGUGGUUUAAUUGAAAUAAAGAUUGAUUGAUCCUUUUGGUUAACAGAAA